AUGGGCGAAAUGGAUCCCGAAUUGCUACAGGAAGUUGCUCUUCGUCUGGUGCAAUGUGAUAUCGAUGAAUUUGUGAAAAAAUAUCGAGUGGAAUGUCCGGCAGCACUGGAAAGGAUUCGUGAGGAUCGCCCGAUAACGGUGAAGGACGAUAAGGGGAACACGUUGAAGUGUAUUGCAGAAAUCGUCGAAAUGUUCAUCACGUUCCUGGAUCAGCUGAAACUGAACGUUCGCGCUGUGGAUGAGCUCUUCCCGACGCUGAACGAGCUGAAUGUGUCGAUCUGUGCGAUGAGUACACUGCCGGAUAAUUUUGACUCAAAACUCAAAGUUAAACAAUGGCAUGAUAAAUUGAAAGGUAUGGGUGCAAGCGAAGAAAUCACGGACGAAGAUGCUCGGCAAAUUAUCUUCGAUAUCGAAACUGCAUACAACUCAUUUACACGUUUCUUGCACAACUCUUAA